AUGAUCAGAAAUGUCGGGAAGAAGGCUGCAAGGGUUAAUUUAAGACAGGCACUGGGUUCUUUCUCAAAAAACAGAGGUCUUAGUACUUUCUUGCUUAGAAGCCGGGAAGGGCAAGCUCACUGUCGUACAACUUCGUGGUUGAUCAAAAGGUUUCAAUCCACGGAAGUUUCCUUUGACAAGCUGACUCCGGAGGAGCAAAAUAUCCUCACGGAGGAAAGAGCAGUGGACAAGGUUGAUGUAUGCAUUGUAGGUGGUGGUCCUGCUGGGCUAGCUACUGCUAUCAAAUUGAAACAGCUAGACAACAAAGAAGGCGAUGGACAACUAAGGGUUGUUGUUCUUGAGAAAGCCGCAGAUAUCGGGUCCCAUAUCGUCUCUGGGGUGAUUAUGGACCCUCGUGCUCUCCGGGAGCUGUUUCCAGAAAGUGAGUACUAUGAUGACAAGGGAGAAGGCAUACCGCUCCCUCCAGAGAUUGUAACAAAGGUGAUUGACGAGGAAUUUAAGUUUCUGAUAGGGCAGCAGGGGCUCCCAGUGCCAACUCCGUCUCACAUGAAGAACGAGGGCAAGAAUUACAUCGGUUCACUGAGUGAGAUUACAGCCUUUUUGGGAGCUCAGGCUGAAAACUUAGGCGUCGAAGUGUAUUCAGGAAUUGCAGUUUCCGAUGUCCUUUUUAGCGAUGAUGGCAAGUCCGUCGUGGGGGUUGCAACUAAGGACAUGGGUAUCUCGAAAUCAGGCAGACCAAAGGAUAACUUUGAAAGAGGGAUGGCGUUCAAGGCGAGACAAGUGGUCUUGGCUGAGGGCUGCCAUGGCUCGUUGACUAAACAAAUUAUCAAGAAAUUCAAUCUUCGUAAAAAUGCUCAAAAUCAGUCGUACGGUUUGGGUAUCAAAGAGGUCUGGGAAGUGAGUCCUGAGAAGUUCAGAAGGGGCUUUGUCACUCACACAAUGGGAUAUCCUUUAUCGAAUAGCGUUUAUGGUGGUGGUUUCCAGUAUCAUUUUGGUGAGAACUUGGUGACGGUCGGUUUAGUUGUUGGUUUGGAUUAUAAGAACCCUUACGUAUCUCCUUAUCAGGAGUUUCAAAAAAUGAAGCUACAUCCCUAUUAUAAGAACGUUUUGGAAGGUGGGAAAUGUAUUUCGUAUGCUGCGCGUGCCUUAAAUGAAGGCGGUUUACAGGCUGUUCCUAAGCUCAACUUUCCUGGCGGUGUGCUCGUUGGUGCUUCUGCUGGCUUUAUGAACGUUCCAAAAAUUAAGGGCUCUCACACUGCUAUGAAAUCUGGUAUGCUAGCGGCGGAGGAGAUGUUCAAAGUCAUCUCUAAAAUGCCUACAUUGGAGGAAUUAGAGGAGCAGGGAGUUGAGGAACUGACUAAAGAGCCAAUAGAUCUUGAUGCCUAUGGUGAAGCUUUCAAAAGUUCUUGGAUCUAUAAAGAGCUUUAUGCUGUAAGAAAUGUUAGGCCAUCUUUUAACUCCUUCUUAGGCGGAUAUGGCGGCAUGGUGUAUUCAGGCUUGGAUACAUUUAUUUUAAAAGGACGCGUUCCAUGGACUUUCAAAUUUCAUGAAUCUGAUGCCUCAGUCACUGAAACCGCCUCUAAGCAUAAACCAAUAAGUUACCCCAAACCAGACGGAAUUAUCUCAUUUGAUAUCAUGACUUCAGUUUCCAGAACCGGAACAAACCAUGAUGAGGAUGAGCAAUGUCAUUUGCGGGUUCCAAACCAGGAUUUAGACAAACAUGCAGAAGCAGCAUUUCCAAAAUGGAAGGGCAUAGAGAAUCGUUUCUGUCCAGCAGGCGUGUACGAAUACAUCAAAGACGACAGCUCGCCGUUAGGAGUGAAGUUUCGGAUUAAUUCGCAGAACUGUAUUCAUUGUAAGACUUGCGACAUCAAGGAUCCUACUCAAGAUAUCAAUUGGACUGUCCCAGAAGGUGGUGAUGGCCCAAAGUAUACAUUAACCUGA